CAGCACGUGUUCCAAGAUGGCGGACAAAGUGAAGGUUGUUCGAGAGAGUGUUCUAAGUCAAAAACAGGUUGAUUUAGCUGUUUCUGCUCUCAUGAAGCAUGUUCAAGAGAAGGAGAAAAGUAAACCAAGCUUGCUUGGAGACCAACAGGUGUUAUGGCUGAUUCUGGCUCUGAAGAAAAUCCCAGCACCAGAUAAAAAGCCUAAGAGAAUAGCCAUUAGUAAUUCACUGCAUCCAGAUGACUCUGAUGUCUGUCUUAUUACUAAAUCUGAAGGCAAACCUGUCAAGGAACUUCUGCAGUCAGCUGGGGUCACUUCUGUUAAGAAGGUUAUCAGUCUGACAAAACUAAAGAAGAAUUACAAGUCUUAUGAAUCCAAAAGACAGUUAGCAAGCUUGUAUGACUUGUUCAUUUGUGAUGACGUUAUCUACCAUCUAUUGCCAAAGUUUCUUGGGAAAGCUUUCUAUACUAGAAAAAAAUUUCCUAUUCCUGUCAGUUUGAAGAAGAAAGACUUAAAAGGAGAAAUCAAUAAAGUCUUACAAAGCACAUACAUGUCUCUUGGUCAUGGCUCUUGUAGUGCCAUCAAAAUUGGACACACAGGUCUAACAGAAGAAGAAGUUACUGCAAACAUAAUGGAAACUGCAAAAGGCAUUGCAAAUAUCAUUCCUCGUGGCUGGAAAAAUAUCAAAUCACUGAACAUAAAAACCUCCAAUUCAGUGUCUUUACCUAUUUAUAACUCUCUCCCAGAAAGACCAGUAGCAAUACAGUCAGAAUCAGUCAAGAAACCAAAGGCCACAAUAAAAGAAAAGAAACAGAAGAAAAGAAAGGUUAACGAGAAAGAAAAUGAAUCUGACUCAGAAGUGGAAGAAAGCUAGUCUGAGUGUGGCUUUCUCGGCAUUUUAAAAAUGAUAAUAUGAAAAAUGAAAUUUAAAAACAUUUAAGACAGG